AUUUUGAAUUCAGAAAUUCUGAUCUCAUCGCCCAUAAUAGCUUUAUAUUUUUCGUCCUAACCUGACGAGACACCCAUAAAAAAAAUAAAAACAAAAGUAAAAGGGUUCCCUAUGUAAAUUUUUUUUUUUUUCUAGUUUAGCCGAACGAGUUUGGAACUUUGUUCUGGCCGGAUGGAAGUGUUGUCGACGUUUACAACGUCCAUUUCUGUGUCUUACUCUUUGUUUCUAAUCUCUAUUAGUGCUUAUGAUGUCGUACAAUUUUUAUUAAUUGUAGCGCGGUUUAAUCAUGCACUAUAGUGAUCGAGCCGGCAUAAAAACGGUGUUUUAAUUAAACUGCUUUAAUUUGUUAGUAUACUAUUAUUAUUACACUUCGAGAUCUUACUCUCUCAGCCUUUUUAUAAUUUUGGUAGAAUUUCAUAAAUAUAGAGUUUUUAUUGUAGUUUAAUGAUAUUGAAACGACUAGAACGUAAAAAUUGUACCUUUUUGUUGAAUUGUAUCUCGAAAACCUAACUGACACGACGACGACGAAGAAGAUGAUAUGCGAGUGUGUGAUUGAACACAAUUUUAUUUAAUCGAGUGAAUUAACACAAUUCAAUUUUAUAAUUCGCGCGGUUUAAAUCGUUAAAUGCGCAAUUUAAUUUACACUUAAAGCAUCUCAACUAUUGAACCAUGUGCUCACAAAGAAAUUGUGUGAGGAACACGAACUUUUCAGUGACGAAAGUUUACUUUUUGUGACUAGAUACAUGAACGGCGACGACUACGAAGGCGGCUUCGACCGAUCGGACAUCGAGGGCCUCAUGAACAACAUCGAGACCAACUUCACCAACUGGACCCAGGCCUUCGCCGCCAUGGUCGUCGGCGGCCACGCCCCCGCCGCCGUCGACAAGUUCGCCGCGUCCCUGCGGCGGAUGAGGCCGGAGGUGGCCCUCGCCGCCGCCAAAACCGUGUUCUACUGCGACCACAGGGACGUGCUGGAGAAAAUCUCCACUCCGACCACCAUCGUGCAGACGACGCGCGACGUCGCCGUGCCGACGUCGGUGGCUUACUUCAUGCAGGAGAGGAUCAGGGGGAAGUCGACGGUGGAGAUCAUGGACACCGACGGCCAUUUUCCUCAUCUCACGGUGCCGAAGGAGCUGCUUGGUUUGCUUGGCGGAGUUCUUGGGUUUGAAAGCUAAUUGAUCACAAGUUGUGAUCUAAAUGUUGAUUAUUAUACGACUAAACGUUUAUAUAUUAAUUAAUUAAUGUUAGGGUGUGUUUGGUUGGCUAUGUUUUGUUUUAGGGUUUUCUUUGUGUGUGUAUGGAUGUAGAGAGCAAUUGGUAUGGGUGAUGUAUGAGAUAAAUAAUGACAUUGUUGUUGUUUGUGGGUUCUCCAUAUAUCACUAAUUACCAUUGGAUUUUAGGGAGGAGGGGGGAGGGAUAUAUUGUGUUUCGAUUUGAUGUUAUGGGGUUGAUUUUUGUAGAAUGUUUUCAUUAUGUCUAUAUAUAUAUAUAUAUAAAAGAUAAAGAGUGGAGAUUCUAGUUAUGGUGUGUUGUGUGUUCUAGGAGUCGUAUAAAAUCUAUAAUUAAUAUUAUCUCAACAUUUUGAGUUAUUUUGAUAAGAUUGGGUGCGUGAUAUGAUAUGGCAUGACAAGGGACAUGUGUUUGAAUCUCCAUGGCUGAUAAUAUAAUCAGUAAUUGAUUUAAGGACAAUGUAUGUAUGAUGGGCGCAUGAGUAAACUUCAAGCAGUGAUUUGACUUUCGUUUGAGGGGCAUGUCAAGAGAGUGAUAUAUAAUUCGUUUAUGAAGUUUUUUUUCUCUCUCUUUAUGUAUAAUAGUUAGAUAUUGACGUAUUUUUCUUUGAAUAAUAUAUAAGAAUGUGUCGACUUAGUGGAUUUUUUUUUGUCUUUAUGUAAAAUAAUUAGAUGUCGACGUACUUUCUUUAAACAAUUUAUAAGAAUGAGUCAACCCAGUGGUGGAACUAUGUGUAGUUCAGGAAGGGCUACACCGCUAUAGCCUCCCUCCGAGUUUGAUUUUUAGGUUAUAAUUUGUAUAUUCAUACAUUGAGAAACCAUAGAAAAUGGUAGGAUGGGGCUAGUAGCCUCUCAUAGAUUUAGGUUCAAUCUUCGAAAAUGGUUGUAAUUUGCUGUCUUCAGCCCGACCUCACUCCAAUUCUUUGGUUCUCUACUGAAUCGACCUGUCCCCUCUUGUACCUGUGCAGAUAUUACUCAACCUGAUAUGUACUUAGUACAAGACGAAAAUAUAAAUAUUGGAGUACCCGCCCGCCUCAUUGCGACCAGUCCGAGUUUAUUGUGAUGAACCGUAACCCACGAUUCAAGGGUUUUGCUUGUAGCUCACAAGCGAGAGAAAGACGUUAGUGUCUAUCAAACUUUGAUUUAUUUGAUUGACAUGAAACUAACGUCAAAGAUUCAUAUUUAUAGGCUUAGGAAAUCCUAAUACGUAACUUAAUCCUACCCGAAUACCCUUACUACUCGGCUACCCCUAACCCAGAACAUACAAGGAAAACCCAAACCAAAAGGAAAGACACUCCUAGCCGAAAUCCGAAAACAACCAAAAGCCCAAACCGAAAAUACUCUCAUCAUAUUGUAUACACAUUGAUCCAAUUUGAGGAGAAUUCUGCUCCUUUGUAUCUAUCAAUGCUUAUAUAUGCUUAUCUUGAUAGGUAUAUACGUUCCCUUCGAAGUAAUAAAGAAACGGUAUUGCUUACUCAAUGUGGUUGCGUAAUAACUUUUGAGAAUGAAGACAAAUCGUCCCUUCUCGACAUCAAAAGGCCAUGAAGCAGCAAACGUGAGCGUAGACAUAUAUUAUUGUACGUUGCGCUAGAAAGCUGAUGAAGAUUCCAGUGAAAUGAAAGCAAAAAGUAGAU